ACUGACAAAGUUUGCGUUCAAAGACGAAGAAGAAGCUCGGUCCCUUGAACGUGUCUGCCUCGUACUGCUUGAGCAUUUAGCUAGCUUUUGGACAUGGCUACAGACAAGCAAAACGAAGCGAAACUUUCAUCUUUGGAUGAAAAUAAAGAAAAUUCGCCGGAUGGAGGAAUUGGACUCGAAAUCUUGCAAAUCAUUAAGGAGUCCCAGCAGCUGCAUGGUCUCAGACAUGGAGACUACCAAAGAUACAGGGGCUACUGCUCUCGCAGACUGCGCCGUCUACGGAAGACCCUUGGGUUCAAGAUGGGAAACCGACACAAGUUUGUCGGGAAAAAAAUAAAUGUUGAAAUGCUCUCUGAUAGCAGGUAUUUACUGCUGGUUUUGAUGGAGGCAGAGCGCGCGUGGAGCUACGCCAUGCAGUUGAAGCAGGAGGCAAACACGGAGCCGCGCAAGCGCUUCCACCUGCUGGCUCGUCUCCGCAAAGCCGCUAAGCACAGCGAGAAGCUGGAGAAGCUCUGUGAGAGCCCCAAUGUUGAUGCCAAGACUAAACUGGAAGCACAGGCCUACACAGCGUACCUGUCUGGCAUGGUAGAAUUUGAACUGCAGGAGUGGAAGCGUGCCAUGGAGGCUUUCAACAAGUGCAAGACCAUCUAUGAGAAGCUGGCCAGUGCAUUCACUGAGGAUCUCGCGGCGUUGUAUCGCCAGCGUGUCGAUGAAAUAUCACCUAACAUCCGCUACUGCGCUUACAACAUAGGUGACCAGAAUGCCAUCAAUGACCUGAUGCAGAUGAGACUGACUGGAGGAGGUGGUGGCAUGAUGGCUGAAAAACUCGAGUCCCUGAUCACUCAAGCAAGAACCAAGCAGGCGGCCACCAUGAGCGAGGUGGAGUGGAGAGGACGCAGUGUGCCUGUCAAGAUUGACAAGGCCCGCAUCUUCCUUUUGGGUCUGGCUGACAACGAGGCAGCCAUUGCUCAGGCAGCCAAUGAGGAGACCAAAGAGCAUCUGUAUGAGACGCUGCUGGCUGAGUGCAGGGACACCAUCCAAGCUGUGCGAGAGGAGCUCAAGACUGAGGCGAAGCAGCGGGAGAGGAGCACUGAUGGCGACAAUAGCAAAGUGUCCAAUAUGCAAUUCCUGCACAGCUACCUGACCUACAUCAAGCUCUGCACGCUGGUGAAGAGAAAUGAGAGCAUGGCGCACACCCUGCAGGCCAAGCUGAAGGAACCCGAGGCGGAUGAGAACAAGAGGGGCCCCCGCCCACAAGACCUCAUCCGCCUUUAUGACAUCAUCUUGCAGAGUCUGGCUGAACUCUCCUCCCUGCAAGGUCUGGAGGAUGAUCACACCUUCCAGAAGGAGGUGUCCCUCAAGACUCUGGCCUACAAAGCCUAUAGAUGUUUCUAUAUAGCCCAGUCUUAUGUUCUGGUAAAGAAGUGGAGUGAGGCUUUGGUUCUGUAUGAGAGGGUGCUGAAGUACGCCAAGGAGGUUCAGUCAAAGGCCAAGAGCAUGAACAACAGCUUCAAGCAGGAUCUCCCUGAUGUUCAAGAGCUCAUCGCUGAAGUCAAUGCAGAGAAAUACUCUCUCCAAGCAGCUGCUAUUUUAGACACUGAUGACACGGUUGAAGUUCCUGCUCCACAGCAAGUCAAAGACAAUACGCCUCUCUGCGACCGUUUGGAGACAUUCCGCCUGGAUCCCUCCCUUGUUGGAAAACAGCCCAACCUGGUCCAUUUCCCGCCCGACUUCCAGCCGAUUCCCUGCAAACCUUUGUUCUUUGAUCUAGCUCUCAACCACGUUACCUUCCCACCUCUAGAUGACAAGGUGGAGCAGAAGGUGAAGGGCGGCCUGACAGGCUACAUCAAGGGCAUCUUUGGCUUUGGCAGCUAAGAAGAGGGCUCCAGACCACAACCACGUUCCUCUUAUUUCUUGUUAGAAUUGUCAGUUUCUUUGAAUGAUGAUUUGCAGUGCCUCCGUGCAACAUGGUCGGAUGAAUAAUGUUUGAGGCGAGGACUUUAGCAAAGCUUUAGAGAGUCUGCCAUUUUUAACAAUACAUUCAGUCUGUUUUUUCCACUUUUUAACCUGACUUAUUUGGUUGGGUGACAUUUGUUUUCACAGCCAAGUCCUGUCUGUUAUUUUGGAUAAAACAUGCUCAUUUGCUUUUGUUUUGCUUUAAAAUAGGUUUAUUGUGGCAUCCUAAUUCAUGCUGUUGUGCUUUAUGUUUUUCCUCAUUGCACUGUGCACAGUGCACAAUCACUGCAGGCCGUUAUAAUAAGCCGCUUGAGUUGCUUUGCCUUCAAGAAGACCUGUUGGUAAAUGUCUCACUCUUUUUAAAUGUGGCAAUACGGUUCUCUUUUAUUUGACGCUUGAAUCUUCUCCUCCUGGGAAAAGCGAGUUUUAUCUUUUUUUUAAAUCAGUUAGCCUGCUCAAACACACCCAUUGUUUUGUGUCUUUGUUGAAAAGAAUGAAGAUAGACUUGUUGGAGAACCGUAUGUCCAAAAAAGUCAUUGAUGGGAGAUUCUUUAAGUAAAAAGAACUGAUGUAAUUAAACAAUAUUUGCAACAAUACAAAAAUUCUUAUGGUCGCCUCGAUUGUCACAUGUUGAAUUUGUAAAGUUAAUGUGUGGGUGUGUGCAGUGCAUGGGAUGCCUUUGCUAGGCGUGAAUGUUGUUUAUGUUAUGUACGUUUUCAUAGUUAAGAUUAAUAGUAAAGGUGUGUUGAGUAAAGACACAAGUUACCAGAUAAAUUACAGUCAUACAUUUUUAACAUCGCAGCGACUCCGGAUGUUCCUUUUCUGGAAGCACCCCAAGUUGUUGUCUGACACACACACACACACACACACACCGCUACCAGGCAGGCACAAAUGUGCCCUGCCUAAAUGGACUGAAGAUUUGUUGUGUUGAAGGAUCAAAUGAAAAAAAAUGCACCACAUUAUUUCUAUGUAGCUGCUGACACACAAAUUGGAAAUGUCACUUUGCUGAUAUUUGUGGGUGUUUUUUUUUUUUUUGUUGCUAUACCUUUUAAAACAAAUGUUUGCUUUAAUCUCUAGAGACUUUAAUUGUGCAUUGUUGUCUUAUUGGUCUCUUGAGCCACUCUAAUCCGCCAUGAACACUUUUCAUUCAGCAUACACUCAAUUAGAACACAAGAACACUAUGAAAAAAAACCCUGUCUGCACUGUGUUGUUGGAUUAUUCAGAGAUUUGCUUAUCAUAAUAGAAAUUGACAUAAAGGAUAAAAUUUAUUCAUUUAAGACCCUGCAGAUGCUUAGUAUGUAUGGAAGAGUUUUUUUGCAUUUUUUUUAAAUUCAUCUAAAGCCAAUAGAUAUGAAAUAAUA